AUGGUGCAGUGGGUGAAGAACUGGUUGAAGGGUAGCGCUCAAUGGAUUGUAGUGAGAGAAGCUACAUCUGGUUGGGAACCGGCCAUCAGCAGUGAUCCUCACGGCUCAAUUCUAGGACCAGUUUUGUUCAAUAUGUUUGUCAAUGACCUGGAUGCAGGAGUUGAAUGUUUGCUGAUGGGCCAGCUUUCAAUAUUGCAAGAAAAAAUAGAUCAUUUAGAACGCUUGUUGGCAGAAAAUAAUGAGAUUAUUUCAAACAUACGAGAUUCUGUGAUCAAUCUGAGUGAAUCAGUAAAGGAUGGUCAAAAAAAUGCAGAGGCUAUAAACUUCAGUCAAGGAUCCGUUUCUGAGCUCUUUCCUUCUGCUUCAGUUUUGCUUGCAGUGGAUUCUGAGGAUUGUUUGUUUGCUUCAAAAAGUGGAAGUCAUGGUUCAGAUGUACAGAUGUUGGAUGUCUAUGAUGUUCUUCCUUUUGAUAAUCCAGAUGGUGGUGUGUGGAAACAAGGAUUUGAUAUCACAUACAAUGAAAAUGAAUGGGACAGUGAACCGCUUCAAGUUUUUGUUGUGCCUCACUCACAUAAUGACCCAGGUUGGCUGAAGACUUUUGAUGAUUACUUCAGAGAUCAGACACAGCAUAUCUUAAAUAAUAUGGUUAUAAAACUGCAAGAAGACAACCGAAGGAAAUUUAUGUGGUCUGAGGUUUCUUACUUUUCAAAAUGGUGGGAUGGAAUAGAUAGCCAAAAAAAGGAUGCUGUGAAAAGGUUAAUAAAAGAUGGACAGUUUGAAAUAGUAACAGGAGGAUGGGUCAUGCCAGAUGAAGCUUCUUCUCAUUAUUUUGCUGUAAUUGACCAACUGAUAGAAGGACACCAAUGGCUAGAAAAGAACCUUGGAGUAAAACCAAAGUCUGGUUGGGCAGUUGAUCCUUUUGGGCAUUCACCAACAAUGGCCUACCUUCUGAAACGCACGGGGUUUUCCAAUAUGCUUAUACAGAGAGUUCACUACUCAGUUAAAAAACAUUUUGCAACACAGAAGACACUUGAAUUUUUUUGGAGACAGAACUGGGAUCUGGGAUCCAGUACAGAUAUCCUUUGUCAUAUGAUGCCUUUCUAUAGCUAUGAUAUUCCUCAUACUUGUGGUCCAGAUCCGAAAAUCUGCUGCCAGUUUGAUUUCAAACGUCUUCCUGGAGGAAGAGUAAGCUGUCCAUGGAGAGUUCCACCAGAAGCCAUUCAUGCUGGAAAUGUUCAGCACAGGGCUUGGAUGAUUUUAGAUCAAUACAGAAAGAAGUCAAAGCUUUUCCGUACUAAAGUUCUGUUGGCUCCACUGGGGGAUGAUUUCCGCUAUGCUGAGAGCUCAGAAUGGGAUCAGCAGUACCAGAAUUAUCAGAAGCUAUUUGAUUAUAUGAAUUCUCGUCCUGAGUGGCAUGUUAAGGCCCAGUUUGGAACUUUAUCAGAUUACUUUGAAGCUCUGCGCAAAGAAAGCAAUUUGGGAGAAAAAAGCAGCAAUUCAUUUUUCCCUGUUUUAAGUGGAGACUUCUUCACCUAUGCAGACAGAGAUCAUCAUUACUGGAGUGGAUACUUUACAUCACGACCCUUCUAUAAACGACUGGAUAGAGUCCUGGAAUCCUACUUACGGGCAGCUGAAAUCCUCUACUCCUUGGCUUUGGUACAGUCCAGUAAAUCUGAGAAGCUGAGUGUAUUUCCUUCAGCGGAUAACUAUAAAUUGCUGACAGAAGCUAGAAGGAACCUUGGACUCUUUCAGCAUCAUGAUGCUAUUACAGGAACAUCUAAAGAUUGGGUAGUUGUGGAUUAUGGCACUAGGCUUUUCCAUUCAAUAAUGAACUUAAAGAAAGUGCUAAUUGACUCUGCUCAUAUUCUUAUCCUGAAGGAUAAAGGUGCUUAUAAUUAUGACACAUCAACUCCAUUCCUGAAGAUGGAUGAUGUUCAGUCUUCCCAAGAUUCUUUGCCACGCAAGACGGUUAUAAAGCUGACAUCACAACCAAGAUACCUUUUGAUAUAUAAUCCUAUGGAACAAGAGCGAUUUUCAGUGGUUUCAGUCAAUGUGAAUUCACCCAGAGUUAAAAUAUUAUCUCCUUUGGGAAAACCUGUUACCGUCCAGAUUAGUGCUGUUUGGGAUGGAGCAACUACAGUAUCACAUGAAGCAUAUCAGAUCUCUUUUGUGGCGCACCUACCACCUCUGGGGUUUGGAGUUUACCAGCUUUUGGAGGUUCAGAGUUCAGAAGCAGUUUUAGCAGACUAUAAUAUAUACAUGAGAAAUAGUCGGCAGGAGAAGCCAGACAGACUUUUCAAGAUAAAAGAGAUGCAGAAUUCUGUGGAUAAUAUAAUCUUAGAAAAUUCUUACAUGAAACUGUGGUUGUCUGGAAUGUCUGGAUUACUGGAGAAAAUAAAUACCAAAGAAGAUGGUAAAAAUCAUCAGAUGAAGGUUGAGUUUGCUUGGUAUGGAACUACAAGUAACCGGGAUAAAAGUGGAGCUUAUCUCUUCUUACCAGAUGGAGACGCCAAGCCUUAUAUUUUUACAGAUCCACCUAUCAUAAGAGUUGCUCAUGGAAAGAUUUUCUCAGAAGUUGUAUGUUUUUUCCACCAUGUGACUCAUACCAUGCGACUGUAUAAAGUUCCAGGUCUGGAAGGCCAGUCUCUUGAAGUUUCCAAUAUUGUGGAUAUUAGAGGAGAAUAUAAUCGUGAGCUUGCAAUGAGAAUUUCAUCUGACAUAAACAGUCAAAACAGAUUCUAUACUGAUCUUAAUGGAUAUCAGAUCCAGCCCAGGCUGACAAUGAGCAAAUUACCUCUUCAAGCAAAUAUCUAUCCUAUGACUACAAUGGCUUAUAUCCAAGAUGUUGGCGUUCGUUUGACACUUCAUUCAGCUCAAUCUCUAGGUGUUGCAAGCUUGAAAAAUGGUCAGUUGGAAGUGAUCAUGGAUCGCCGGCUUAUGCAGGAUGACAACCGUGGCCUUGGACAAGGUGUCCAAGAUAACAAGAUUACAGCUAAUAUCUUCCGACUUCUGCUGGAAAGAAGACAUGGAACAGAUGUGAAUGAAGAGAAGGCAUCAGUCAGUUUUCCCUCACUUCUUAGCCAUAUGACUUCUUCUUUCUUAAAUCAUCCUGUAAUUCCAAUGACAACAUACGCAGAUUCAGGUGUCCCAGAGAUGCUAAAUACUUUUUCUCCACUCAUGUCAUCUAUGCCUUGUGACAUGCAUUUUGUAAAUCUGAGGACAAUUCAAUCAAAGGUAGAUACUGAGCCGUCUGAUGAAGCUGCUCUGAUUCUUCACAGAAAGGGAUUUGACUGUAGAUUUUCAAACAGAGACAUGGGUCUGCUCUGUUCCACUACUCAGGGAAAGAUGAAGGUGCAUAAACUCUUUAAUAAAUUCAGAGUGGAAAGUCUUACAGCCACAUCUUUAUCUUUGAUGCAUUCACCUCCAGAUGCCAGAAAUAUAAGUGAAAUAAAUAUGAGUCCUAUGGAGAUAAAUACAUUCCGGAUUCGGCUAAGAUGA